CAUUAAAAACGAAAGAAGAAGAAGAAAAUCCAAUAUGGCGGCGCCCUACAGCAGCACUUACUGACAGGCAACGACUCGGGUCACAAUAGCGGCUUAAAUCUUAAAAACUCUAUAAGAAGUGCAUAGAUAUAGUAAUAUGCUUCCAGAAACAGCCCAGUGUUUAAAAACGGCGGCUCCGUUGUUUUCUCAGACCGUUUUCUUGAGGGACUUGAGACGGUUGUCCACACAUGGAGCAGCCAGGGCCAGCCACCUUCAGGCCCGGAGACACUUCGGGGUCAGCCGCUGUCUGGCAGCUAAGGUGCCCCGCGAGCGCAAACCCAGGGAGAGAGUGGAGAUCCCCGGGCUGGAGAUGGUCACCUACGGGGAGAGGAUGCACUAUGUGCCGGGGCUGUCUAAGCCCGUUCACCCUCAUUGGGUGAGGGACUACAAGGACCCGAGACAUUACAGGUCUCCUCCGGCUCACGAGAUGCCGCUGUACAAAGAGAAACCGUGCUAUGUGUUCAACCAGAGGACCAGCGCACUGGAAGGGGUGCGUCAGGCUCUGUGGUUGACCAAAACCAAAUUGAUCUCUGGUCUGCCGCCUCAGCUCCUCUCAUUGGCAGAGAAUCCUGCCAAUCAGAUACCGGAUCAGGAUGAACGUGUGCAGAACGCCAUCAAACAUGCCCGCUUCUGGGACACGACAGAGGAACGACCGGGCAAAGAGAAAUACAGCAACACUUUGCUCUUAAACCUGCUCCAUCUGUGUGCAACUCUACAGUCCAGCCACCCAGCGAUCGGAAGGAGGAUCCUUGCUGAGAAAUACUCAUUGGCAGCAACAUGGGAAAGAGGUGAGGACCUGUUCCAGAUUCGAGGUCAGAACGGUUUACUGCAAAACUGCAUGGAUCCUCUCCCUGAUGUUUCUGGGAAACAGGAAGUGGGCGACACUGCAGAUCAUGUCCUGGAAACCUUCUAUCCCGUGUCCCCCACCAUCGACCUGCAGAAAGUAAACGUUUACAAGGAGGUGAACUCCUCAGGUUUCAGGGGUGACUACCCUUAUCCUCAUGCUCACACACUUUACUUUCUGGAGGGAGCUGAUCCUAGCUGUAAGCUCCGGCCAGAACAGUUCAGAGCCAAGAUGUUCAUGUUCACCUUUGGAAACGCUCUGGUCCGUGCACACAACCUGUAUGGGCCCCGCUAGCGUGUGAUUAGAUGUCCUGUAACAGUUCGGCAGUCGGGACACGGCGGAUUUUCGUGUGUUUGGUUUUAGCCAGCUCAACAACCACAGAUCUCUCUGGCAGACGACGGCAUCACAGACAACCAGGUGUGGCUGGAUGAAGAUGUUGAGCUCUAUGACUUUGCAAAAGUCCGACCACUCAUCAAGAAGAAGCAAGUGAAGGUACCUGCUGGG